ACCACAAAAUUAAAAUUCCAUUUGCAAAUACAGGUGCUAGAGUAAAGAAAUUUGCUGUGACGGGCGUAUAUUGUGACAUUCUGGCACUCUUGUUACGUAUUAAUUUUCAGUUGUUAUUUUUAGAUGUUAGAUGGACUUGGAUUGAAGGCUCUGAAGGAUCAAGUGUUAGUGCAACUAAAUCCAACCCAGGAGGAAGAAGUGGUGCAGCAUAUUGGGAACAGGAAAACCAAAUGGCUAUCUGGAUGUUUGGGGGAGAAUUUCAUGUUGAAAAUAGCCAGCCAGGUUUGAGGAAUGACCUCUGGAAAUACAGUAUGUCUAAAAUGUCUUGGAGUUUGGUUCAUAAUGGUUCAGCAGAGAAUAGGCAAGAUGUUCCAGGUCCUCGCCAGCUGGCUGCUGGGUGUGGGGUGACUGAAACUUACUUUGUAUUGUUUGGAGGGCUUGGUCCUGAAGAGAAAGUUCUUGGUGAUUCCUGGAUUUUCUAUAUUCCAGAUAGUAAAUGGUAUACGUUGUCAGAUUUUCGUAACAGAGUUUCUGCAAGUAACUCCACCCAGACAGAGGGGCCAUCACCUAGAGGAGACAUGGCAGUAUGGUGUACUGGUGGGGACAUGUUUAUUUUUGGUGGUUUUGAUGAAAACAGUGGACUACAUCAUGCUUUAUGGAAAUUUAGUUUAUCAACAUUGUCAUGGACUCAGUCAGAAUCAUCAGCAGAGCUUCCUGCUGAUCAUGAGUUUGUAAAGCAUCUAAAUUACCCCAGUGGAAGAUCAGGAGCCACAACUUGGGUAUCAGAUGAUAGGCUCUUUAUGUUCGGUGGUAACAUAUUAGCAAAUAACUUGCGAUCCAAGCAUAUGAUGAUAGGGAAUGUAGGAGAUCUCUGGGAGUAUGAUAAACUGCAGGAUUUAUGGUUGUAUUAUACAGGCCCCCAGAAAGUCUGCAAUACUGCCACUCAGUUUGGUGACCUGGGUUCGGCAUCCACCAGAUCUAAUCCAGGUUGCAGACGACGGGCUUCAUCAUGGACUGACACUCAUGGAAACCUUUGGAUGUUUGGGGGAGAUGGUAUCGACAACUCUCAAGCGUCUUUAUCAGUGUUUGCACACUCAAAGUUGUUGUCAGAUAUUUGGUUUUACAACCUUAACACAAACAUGUGGACUUGGAAAGGAGGUGAAAAAGCUGGUGACCAGAAAGGAAAAUUUGGAAAAAAAGGUCAAAGUUCAAAGAACAAUCUUCCAGGAUCAAGAUGUGAGAGUGUGGUUUGGCAGCAAGAAAAUAAUUUCUACCUGUUUGGGGGAGUUGGACAUGAUGCAAAUGGUAAAGAUGGCUAUUUGGAUGAUGUCUGGAUGUUGGACGUCCAUCUUGACCAGUCUGUAGAGCUCAACGCUCCCACUGCCUUACCUGUGUUUGGUAUGAUUUUCUUCAGCCUUGGACUUGUCAUCUUAAUAUCAGUGCUGUAUCUCUUCAGUCGCAGAUACUUCCAGGUUACAUCUGGUACAAACAAGGGAAAAUACAGCAGAAUUCCUCUAGAUCCUGAACAGUAAAAUUUAACUUUUCAGUUUUUCAUUACAUUCCAUGCUGGGCAGAAAUAUUUUUAGCUCGACUAUUCAUAGAAUAGUGAGCUAUUGCACUCGCCCAUGCGUCGGCGUCGGCGUCCGCGUCCCGAUUUUGGUUAAGGUUUUGUAUGUAAGCUGGUAUCUCAGUAACCACUUGUGGGAAUGGAUUGAAACUUCACACACUUAUUCACUGUGACAAACUGACUUACAUUGCACAGGUUCCAUAACUCGAUUUUGCUUUUUUACAAAAUUAUGCCCCUUUUUCGACUUAGAAAUUUUUGGUUAAGGUUUUGUAUGUAAGCUGGUAACUCAGUAACCACUUGUGGGAAUGGAUUGAAACUUCACACACUUAUUCACUGUGAUGAACUGAUCUACAUUGCACAGGUUCCAUAACUCUAUUUUGCUUUUUUACAAAAUUAUGCCCCUUUUCGACUUAGAAAUUUUUGGUUAAGGUUUUGUAUGUAAGCUGGUAUCUCAGUACUUACUAAUGGGAAUGGAUUGAAACUUCACAUACUUGUUCACUAUCAUGAUCUGACAUGCACUAAGCAAGUCCCAUAACUCUACUCUCUUUUUUUUCAAAAUUAUGCCCCUUUUUCGACUUAGCAGUUUUUGGUUAAAUUUUUGUAUGUAAUCUGAUAUCUCAGUAUCCACUAAUUGGAAUGGAUUGAAACUUCACACACUUGUUUACUGUCAUGAUCUAACAUGCACUGGGAAGGUCCCAUAACUCUACUUGGCAUUUUUACAAAAUUAUGCCCCUUUGACUUAGCAGUUUUUUGUUAAGUUUUUGUAUGUAAGCUGGUAUCUCAGUAUCCACAAAUUGGAAAGGAUUGAAACUUCACACACUUGUUCACUGUCAUGAUAUGACAUGCAGUACAGAGGUUCAAUACCUCUACUUUGCAUUUUACAAAAUUAUGCCCCUUUUUCAACUUUUGUUUUCAUUCAAUUGACAAGGCUGUUGAAUAGUCGAGCGUUGCUGUCCUCCGACAGCUCUUGUUUAUAUGGUUGUUAGAGAGUUGAUUAUUUUGCUAUGUUGAAACAAAGACUCAGGGUAGCUGCUGUUCAGUACAAGUCAUGUAAAUUGAUAUUUUGAUUGAUAGCCAGGUACUUACUUUCAUAUUGUAGCUGAAUCUUACAUGCAUAUCUGGACGUUAAAUCAUUGAUUAUAUUCUGUUGAUGGCCUCAUAAUAUCAGGUAUCAAGUAAGCUAAAAAAAGAACAGAUACAGUAAUAUUAAAAUAGAACAAGAGAAUUGACAGCAGGUGAUAAAUAAAUAAAUACUGCAAAGUCUGUCAGUUCACUUACAUAUGGUUUAUUAAUUACAAAGUCAUAUAAAAAUAUUCUAUGAAUUUUGACCUUAAAGUUGUCAUUUCUUGUAUUUUUUUUUUACAAAAAUUGACAGUUUAAAACCUUUUAAAAAAAUAGGAUAUAAUCAGGGUUUCAGAAAUCCCAUGUCCGGAGCCCGGGGGCUACCAGAAAAUUCUGCUGGGCUAAUAAAUUUUUUCAGAGCGUGCCCGCCGGGCUACCUUGAAACUUCGUAUCGAGUAGCCCGGAAAUCAAUAAUUUAGUCUUCAAAUAUAAUUUUGAUAGUUGUCUAUAAUCCCCUUGUUUAUCAAGAGAUACACACCCAAGGCUUUAAUUAUUAUCACCUAUUCUGUCAUAAUCGGCAAACAAUUAACCGUUAAAUCGUACCCGCAAGCAUUUACAAAAACGUGCACGAGUGAUUUUAGACUGAUCCAGUAACACCAAAGUUGCUGAUCGGUAUUGUUUAAAACAAUAUGCAAACCAGUCUUAAAAUUACGUCAUUUUAGCGCCACCUGCCAAAGUGAACUUUCGGUUUCGCUGACCUCAAUAUUUAUCAAGCGAUCAGAAAGAACAGAUGUUUGAUUUUGAGGCAGUUUAGUGCCUACACUGAUUGUUUAUGCUUUUCGAUUUAAAUACUUGCUUAACAUGCAAAAAAAUCGACCAUGAUUUAGCAAAAUAUCAGAAAGUAUACAGAAUUUUGGACAAACAUAAAUUCGGAUAAGUGAAUACACAGUGCCAAGAAUCUGAGUGACGUUAUAUACGCGGUUCUAGUCCGUUUAUUAAACCAGACAGAUGUUUAGAAUCAGACAGAAUUAUUAUGUCAACUUUAAAAAUUUUUCAGAUAAAUUACAAUUCAUACAGCUCUAAGGAAUUUGCAAGUUUAUAAAAAUUGAUUUGCGUUCUCUAUUUAUUGCCAUGUUGCAAUAACUAUCAGGAGUACUCCUGAUAAUAUUUCUCAGUUUAAAUACAUGUACCGGUUUUAUCUUUUAAAAGGAGAAAAAGGAGUAAUGAUAAUUGCUAUUUAAGAGAACAAAAUUUAUAACAAUGUGCAUAUGGCUAAAAUUGUGAAACCUCUAAUAAUUUAAUCAGUCCAUCCACUGUAGUAUAGAAGCACAUAGUAAAUAAACCGAAAUGGCCAUUGCCCAAUAAACUUAAAUGUCCAGGCUACCAGAUUAAAAUUUUGGUAGCCCAAUGAGCUACCAAUAAAUUUGCAGAUUUCUGAAACCCUGAUAUAAUGUAAAAGAAUUUUGAGGCUUUCGUUUUUGGUUUUUGAAUUUUUGUCCAUUAGCUAACAACCGUUGCCAUUAGCUUUCAGCAAGUGAAACAUUUCUUACGAGAGCUUUUUUGCCCACCGGAAAAGGUAGUACAAUAUGGUUUUUCUUGUGAAUUUAAUAUAACUUAAAGAGAAACGUGUUGUUUCUAUGUUCCUGACACUCAGUAAAUAUGUGCAUUGUUUGGCUUUUAAUAGGAUUGUCAGUGUUGUAUGUUUACUUGAAUGAAAUUUCUGUUGUCACAGUUGAGAUUUUUUUUAAAUAAUUGAAAACACUACAAAGUUAUCAAUGCAAACUUGGUUAAACUUUUCAAAUUGGUUAAAAACUGCUAUCAAAGAUUUUUGUUAAAAGGAAAUGUCUGUGUACAUAGGCAGUAGUAAGAACUCAUAGAGCAAAAACUUCUGAAAUGUUUAUAUUUUAAAGAUGUUAAUUUGUAUAAAUAUGUUUAUUGUUUUUUUGCCAGGUUUCACCUAAGUGGCUUAGUAAAACAGUCAGGGCUUGAGCUAGGGGGCAAAUGAGCAAAAUAUUCACUUCAGAGUGUCUAAGUCCAACCCAAACAUCAAAAAUUCAGUUCGCACAGUUUUUUUAUCCACUAAAUUUUGACCAUUGGCCUUUUGACAGUUUGCAAGCAUGUCAACAUUUUAGGUCAAUCCACUUCGCUAAAUAAACUUGAUGAAGAAAUCUCCCUAAGAUUUGAACCAAACUUGAGCCCUGUAUAUCUUCGGAAAAACAGGUUGGGUUAUCAACAGAAUCUGAUAUAGAUAACAUUAUUACCAUUUUUAUCAGGGAAAUUUAGGAGUGACAUAAAUUGAUAUUGUACACUUGUUUUACAAGAUUUUUUUUUGGACAAAACACACUUUCUUAGUCACAAUGUCUGAUAGAAAGUUUUUGUGAUAUUUUACAUUUACUUGUUUGUGUUAAAUUUGAUGUUCUUUGUUAAUCAGUUGUUAUACUUUUAUAGACAAAGAGAAAUUUUCUGAAUGCAAUAAAUUAAAAGAUCCAUCAGCAUACUUUAAGUUAUUAUAAAUACAAAAUAUUGCUCAUAAAGUAGUAUGACAAGAUGGCAGAAUGAUGCGAAAUUUUAUUAAUCUGUGUUCAUUUAGAUAACAUUGAAUAAUUGUUUGGGAGAGACACUUUUUGCAAGAAUAUUUAAGCAUACACAUACCGUAUAACCCCGUUUAAACGCCCCCGGGGGCGAUGCAUUUUACGAAAAAUUUGAUCCAAACAAUGUCAGUAACUCGUAUAAACGCCCCCCUGUUCAUCCCAAUUCAUGCACUGACAUAUUAACCCGAUACGUCAUCGUACUGGGAAUCUGUGUAAAGUCGCGCGCUGAGUGACGUGAUCCGAGUUAAAUUCGAUCAAUACUGUAGUGUUUAUAGCCCAGAUGUUUAUGUGGAUUUACCUGCACGUAGCAUACUCAGUACUUACACACAGUAGAUUUAUUUGGUUUAUUUGUGCCAUGCCUGUUGACGUGUUUAAAAGUUUGUGUUAAUAAAGUGUGUUUUUUUUUUGAAAUUCAUUUGUAUUGUUAUGGAAUUGUUAUUAUCUGGAUAUUAUUGUGUUGGAUCUAGGACCAAUUUUUGAAGAAUAAACCCGUAGUAAAUUUUACCAUAUUUGGAACAGUCUACAUCGCCAGUCAAUACACUAUAUCGUAAAUCGAGUCAUUCAAUUUGAUAACGGUUACAUAGUGACACCUCCAAAUAAGGAAAUCCGAUAUCACGGUUCAUACAUAUUCGGGCAUGCGUAGUCAGUGUGUAAACCAAGCUUGCAACAGCUGAAAAACUGGGACAUGUGUUUUGGAUAUAUUAACCUCAAAUAUCCGGCUGUAUAAUUGUAACAGCAUCAUUGUUAAAGGUAUAACUGACACAGUGGCACGCACGGGGAUUGUAGGAAUAUGUGAUAUUGCACAGCAUCGAAAAACAGCAACAACAACAACAACAAGUCUUGAUAUGCAGAGAAAAUAAGAUUCUGCAAUGGCGCUGUUGUCUGUCGUUUCUAUUCUGAGAAUAUCUGUCAGUUUCAACACGAAGUUUAUGAGAUGCAAGCCUUAAUCGCGCCAAAGCAACACAAUAUUUGGGAGCUCUGCGUGACGUUUACAUCGAUAUAUACACUCAGCCAAUCAGCGAUUGCUAUCUUUCACUAAUUUUAUACCUGGUGCGUCAUAGUUCUUGGGUUGUAACAGUCGUUAAUAUGUAGUAUCUAACACGUGGAAGAGUCUAGAGGGUCAGUCAGCUAACCAACCGACAUAAUACCAACCAAUGAAAAGUAUUGUAAAGAAGAACUCGUAUGAACUUGAUAUUUUUUAAGAUAAUUUCCCUAUAUGUUUAUAUUGUCUGCGUUAUUCGUCUGCGUUUUAAUCCGUGCCCAUUUCAACCCAGGACAUUUCGGCCCCUCAGAAAUAUUUUUUUUUAUGUUUUGAUCCAAUAUUACUUUGACUUAGUUUCUGAGGACAAUUAAGACUUUAAAACACAAUUUAGAGUCUUUUUAUCAGGUAUAAUGAUUAUGAAAUCUUUUUUAGGAAAUGCUGUUGCUGAGUUAGACCAUUUAGUGUUAAUAAUUUUAUACCUGUAAAUGAUGUAAGAAUAUAUAGUUUGUGUGUGUGUAAUUUGUUAGUAUUGUACACAAAUAUUCGUAACUACGGAUUUAAUCUAAAAUAUAGUUUAUUCAAUUAAACAAUCAACAGACAUUUUUUCACCUGGUUAGCUAGGUGUUCGGGGUUUGAAACAUAGCAUAGUUACUCCUUUAACACCUCAUUAAUCAAUCAAAGGCACGUGUUAACUCUCGUUAAUAUUGUUUAUUGUGUGGACAUUAAAGUCUUAAUCUUUCGACAUCAAAGUGGUCUCAUUAGGACAGUCCGGAAAACGCAGAUAUAUUAAUAACUUUACUAUUUCAUGUGUAACUAUCUUCAUACCAAAGUAUUAAUAAAAAAAACGUACAUUCUUCGAAAUAUUGAUUUAAUGGCAUAAUGACAUUAAAUAAAACCGAUCCAUUGAUAUCUACGUUGUUUAUCAGUUCACGAACUCUACUCUGAACAUGUUAAAUAUAUAGUUUCAAGUUUAUUGGCAUAAUCAGCAAAAACAAUUUGCCUAAUAUAGGCCAUUUACAAAUAAUAAGCAAGAAAUAUGACAAAGACAAUCAGCACAGCAAUAGAUUUCACAUAGAAAAUAUAUAUGAAUAGUUCAGUUUAAGAAACAGUCAUAAUUCAAGAGUAUUUUUAGGAACUUCAAAAUAUGUUAUACAUAGUAUCUUUAAUAGUUAUCUUUAAAAGGUAUUAAUAAAUACACCACUUUUCAAAUAAACUAACAUCUUUUAACCUACUAUGAAUAUCAUGGAAAGGGGUCAAAAUGUCCAAGGAGUUGGGGUUGAAAUGUCUUGGGGUCGAAUUGUCUCUGGGGGUUGAAAUGUCUUGGGGUCGAAAUGUCUUGCUAACCAAAGAAGUAUAGAUUUAUACAUUUUUAUUUUUACCAGUAUAGCUCUUUGCUUAAACUCACCCUGUGCCUGCACAGUUGAUAAGUAGAAAAUUUUCCAGGUAAUAAUUUUAAUAACAAAAAUGUGUUGAUAUUCAUAACGAUGAUACUAGGCUAUUGAAGGAUACUAAAUAUAAGGGAUAUUACAUUA